GGGGGAGGAGCCCGCAAGCAGGCUGGGAGGCCCCGCUCCGCUCCCAUGGUGAUGGUGCUCGGGAGGGUGGCAGCUCAGCCCGCGUACCGGAACACAAUGUAAACUGAACGGCUGCACGACUGGAUUGUCUGCACGCUUCUUAAGGGACGCUACAACUUUUCACGGAACGGUGUAGAUUCCCUGUGUUUUAUCGAGGAAUGUUUUGAUGAAACGCUGGGGCUUUGUGGUCCGGCGGUGGCAGCUCGUCGGGAUGCUGUAGAUCGCCUGAGAGCACCCUGCCGCGUUUGUUGUCUUUCUCUAUGGAUUUUGACUUCGAAGUUUAUCGACAACAAGCUGCACAUUUACCUCGAAUGGAGCCUUUAAACUUGUAAAAUGGUGUGUGUCGUUUCGUCCUCCGCUCGUUUCAAACCCGGAUAAGAAGCAGUGGAGGAGCGACGACGCGACAACACCCCGACACGACGAACAUUCCCCUCGGUAAGGCAGCGCGCCCAGCCACCCGUAAGUGGAUUUUAAAGAGCAAUUGAUGCAUCUUGGAGUGUCUGAGUCCAUGAGAGAGUGUGAGUACAGCCAAAUAAGCACUCGCAGCUCCACUCCAAUGGAGACUCCUUUUAAGAAGAAGACGCCCAAAAAGAGGAAGUGGGAGUCCUUCCCAGGUCGGAAUAAAUUCUACUGCGAUGGGAGGAUAAUGAUGGCCAAACAGACUGGGGUUUUCUACCUCACGCUUGUCCUCAUUCUUGUGACGUGUGGACUUUUCUUCACAUUUGAUUGUCGGUUCCUGGCCCUGCAGUUGACCCCAGUCAUACCGGUGAUUGGGGGAGUGCUCUUUCUCUUUGUGUUGGGAACGCUGCUGAGAACCAGCUUCAGUGAUCCAGGUGUGCUGCCCAGGGCCACUCCAGACGAAGCAGCUGAUCUAGAAAGGCAAAUAGAUGUGGCCAAUGGCAGUACGGGCUACCGGCCGCCACCUAGGACCAAGGAGGUGGUCAUCAAUGGCCAAACAGUCAAGCUUAAGUACUGCUUCACUUGCAAAAUUUUCAGACCACCACGUGCCUCCCACUGCAGCCUCUGUGACAAUUGUGUGGAACGGUUUGACCACCACUGUCCCUGGGUGGGGAACUGCGUGGGAAAGAGGAACUACCGUUUCUUCUACAUGUUUAUCCUUUCGCUGUCCUUCCUCACUAUCUUCAUCUUCGCCUUUGUCAUCACACACAUAAUUUUACGCUCCCAUCAAAGUGGGUUCCUCACUGCUCUUAAAGACAGUCCAGCCAGUGUGUUGGAGGUGGUGGUGUGUUUCUUCUCUGUGUGGUCUAUUGUGGGCCUUUCAGGUUUCCAUACCUACUUGAUCAGCUCCAACCAGACCACCAACGAAGAUAUUAAAGGUUCGUGGUCUUCUAAAAGAGGGAAGGACAACUAUAAUCCUUACAGCCAUGGAAACAUAAUCACCAAUUGCUGUGCAGCACUAUGUGGUCCCUUGCCACCCAGUCUCAUUGAUAGACGGGGCUACAUCCAGCCAGACGCGCCGCAGCUGGCACCGCCAACCAACGGCAUCACAAUGUAUGGUGCUACUCAGUCUCAGCAGAGCCACAUGUGUGACCAAGACCAGUGCAUUCAGAGCACUAAAUUCGUUUUGCAGGCCGCUGCCACUCCUCUCCUCCAUCACCAGGUGAAUGAGCCAGUCAUCUUGACGACCCCCCCAGAAAACGGAGGCUCCGUCCCGAGCCGCACCUCACUCGGGCUGGGGGGUCCCUGCACAUCGCUGCCGCUCGGGCAGCCCACCCCGCCGACCUCCACGCCCAGCCUCAGUUGCAAGGAGUCCGGCGACAUGCUGCCAAUUCACUCCCACGGCCACACACACAACCACAGUUGGCCCAUCCAGGACCAGGUGUCGCACCACCACUAUCUUACCCCAGAGGACUUGCCCUCCCCCCCAGGUAUGCUUCCCUGCAGCAGCCCCCUGGGCCACAGCCACACUGUGCAGGCCGGCUUCUACAACCCAGCUAGCCAGGACUCGCUGCACGAGGAUUCUGUCAGAGGACUGGUUAAGCUCAGCUCUGUCUGACAGCAGUUGCACGCUCCCCAAAAUGUGCCACAAUGUGAUAAGCGAGCAAGUGUUUCAGGUUUUCACCAACAUGGUGGCUGAAAUGGACCUGAACAGAAAGAACGCAGCAAUAGUCUCCGCUGUGCUGACACACUUCUCUCUCUUCUGGACUUCAAGGGAAAUCUUCAAUCUGCACAAUGUUUGUUUCAAAGGAAAAAAUAUAUUUGAACUAUUUUGACACGUUUUGGGGGAAAAGAGCUGAAUUUCUGUCAGCUUUCAGUUUUGUUUCCCAAGCAGACAGACUUACGCCUAUUUGCCUGUUGCUGAUUGGACAGUGUUUUUCUGCCUUUUGUCCAUGUACACUCUCAGCAGUGCAAUGGUGGAUGUCAUCAUAUUGCAUAUCAUCCUGCUUUAUGUUGGGGGGAAUGAGUUGUACCAAAUUAUAUUUCCUGUGGAUAUAAAUAAAUCACCUACUUUUUAUCAAA